GAAAAUCCCGGCUGAGAUAUGAUGUGAGGUCAUAUCAAGAAAUGGUUGUAAUCCCUAUGAAGCAGAUGAGUGAAGAUAAUCAGCAGUUGAUCUGGCUGAAGAACAAGGUUGUCAAACAGGAGCAGCGGUCAAAGGUUCUUGAAGAAACAUUUGGGGUGGUGAGCCAGAAACUGCGUGAAACCAUGGAAGAAAACAGGAUCGUGAGGCUCAGAACCAAGAUCCAACAUGAAGAGAACAAAGAAGAGAUGGAUUACCAAGAGCGAUUUUUCACGGAGCAGAUGGACAAAGUUCACAAGGCAGCAGAGGAUGAGAAGUUGGAACUCGCCAAGGCAAAGCAAUCUGAUGUUGAUAGUACAACCCAUGAAGAUCGCAGAACCAGGAAGGAAGAAAGCGCGAGGUUUAACCACGUGAAGGAUGCUAGAGAAUUUGAGGCAGAGAGAGAAAAGCUUCUACGUUCGCAUGAGAAGAAGAAGGUUGAGCUUAGACAGAAGCAUCUUGCAGAGGAAGCGGAGCUGGAAAAAGAAUUGGAUGCUGCCCUGUCAAAGUUGAUGGAAAAAUAUGCUUCCAGCAGCUUCGAGGCUUCAAACAGCAGCUCUUAGAGGAAUGGAUACCUAUUUGAGAGGUUGGUAGGGGAAACUUCUGUUUUUCCAAAAUUUGAUGUCUGAUCCAAAUAAAUCGUACAAGUUGUACUGCAUAACAUCUCAAAACUGGAAGUUGCAGUCAGAGACUUUUUAAGAAUUUUACAGAAAUACAAAUUAGCAUAGAGAUAUUGGAUGCCAUUUAA